AUGGACGGCGCGGGCGCGUCGGACAGUGCGGGCCCCUUUCUCUCCCUCCUGGAGAUGCUCAAUUCUCUGCCCCGCACGGGCACGCGCAACAUCUUCACGCGCCGCGCAGGCAGAGGCCGCGGCGGCGGGCGCGGCGGCAGAGGGCGGGGCGGCAGGGGCAUGCGGAGCGCGCGGGUGCGCGUGGAGGGCGUCCCCGCGAAGGCCUCCGCGGAGGCGCUGGCGGGCGUGCUGCGCGGCGUGGUGGGGGAUGAGGUGGGGCGCGUGACGGUCAAGGGGUGCACGCGCGCGACGGGCGUGGGGGGGAGCGCGCGGCAGCAGUGGGCGUCGCUGGGGGUGGCGUACGCGGACCUGCUCUCCCCAGAGGCCGUGGACUCGCUGCUGCGCUGUGAGCGCGCUGGUGCCCCGCUGUACCUGGGCGGGCGCUUGCUGGGCGUGCAGCGCGUGGCGGAGCACAGGCGCGCGCCCGAGGGGCUGCUGCACCGCGCCACUGUCCACGUGGGCUUCAUCCAACGGCCCGGCCAGCUGGCGGUGACGUGGCAGUCGGAGGCAGCGGAGUGCCGUGUGGAGUUUGACUUUCUGGAGAGGCGCGUGCGCGUGCUGGUGGGGGAAGGGCGCACGGGUCGGGCGGCAGAUGAAGCAGCAGCAGGCGAGGAGGAUGACGCAUGGGGGGACUCAGACGGUGAGGACGACCUGUGGGAGGACGAUCUGUGGGAGGACAUUGUGGGUGCGGGUGGCUUUGCUGCUCCCACGGGCUCGUCUCUGCACGGCAUGCCAGGCACCUUCCAGCGACAGCAGCACCGCCUGGACUGGCGCAUGAGGGACGUGCACCUCUGGGCCACCCCCCACCGCUCCACCGCCCCGCGUGGACCCUCUGAGCGCCGCCCGUCGCUGCUGCUGCUGCCCGCCGUCCCGCCCUCUGUGUUCACACGGGCGUGUGACGACGACGUGUGGCAGCGCGACCAUUCUGCUUGGUUCCCUGAUGACAGUGACCCCUGGACCCGUGCCACUGACCUCCGCCUCGCCCCCACCACCCCGCCAGAGAGGGGGGGCACCGGGGGAGUGGGUGCAGAGGGCGGCAGGGGGUGGGGUGGCGGGGUGCUGGGAGUGGCGACAGUGGUGCAGGUGUCAGUGGGGUGGGAGAGCAGCGAGCAGGUGAGGAGGAUCGCAGAGCGCAUGCGCACCGCGGGGCUGUGCCGCAGUGCAAGGCACCUGGGCCGACCGCACCGCACCACCAUUGCGUCGCUCUUCCACCCCCACCCGCCCAUCACCAUCGCUCCCUUCGUCUGCCUGCAGCCCCGCUGGCCUUCCUCUGCCCCCGCCACCACUGCCAUCACCAGCGCAACCACUGCCAGCAGCAGCAGCAGCAGGGGAAGGGGGGCUGCACAGGCAGCGGAGCUGGCCUUCCCAGUGCUAUACGUGCUGACGCUGCUGGUGCAGGCGGGCACCAUCCCCCCCACGGCUGUGAGCGCCGGCCUGUACCGCACCCUGGCACACGAGCCGGCACGUGCAGCGGUGGCGGUGCUGCUGGAGUUCACGCGCUUCUCCCGCCCUGAGUUCGACCCCGCUUGCAAGUUCACCCGCGUGGCCCGCGCCAUGCGCCGCCUAGGCAAGCUGCCGGGGCGACAGGCGCUGCUUGAAGGAGGAGACGCGCAGGCGAGGGGAGGGGCGGCAGAGGGGACGAGGAGGCGCAGGGAGGAGGCGGAGCAGCGGCAGGGAGAGGCAGAGGAGGGUGCGGAACGGCAUGGGGGAGAGCAGGACGGGCAGGGGAGGAGGAGGGAUGUGGAGACAGAGGGAGCGGUGGUGGAGCAGAGUGAGGGCUCGGCAUGGCCGUGGGCGCUGCCAGAGAACCACGUGCUGGUGUUCCGCCUCAUCGUGACGCCCCUGGCAGCGCAGUGCUGCCUGCCCAGUGUGGAGCUGGCGAACCGAGUGAUCUCGCACUACCGCCCGCACGCGCACCGCUUCCUGCGCGUGACCUUCACGGAGGAGGGCAUGCGGCAGCUGGCGUCCUUCGCCCUCGUGGGCGGCGCUUACUGCGCAGAGGAGGCGCAGCACAGCGCCCGCACCGAUGUGUACCACCGCAUUCUCAGGCUCGUCAACCAGGGCUUUGAGCUGUGUGGGCGGCAGUACCGCUUUCUGGCGUCAUCAGCAUCGCAGCUGAGGGAGAAGUCGGCGUGGUUCCUGGCAGAGGACGCCACCCUCGGCCUCACCGUUGCCUCCGUGCAGGCGUGGAUGGGCACCUUCACCGCAAUCCGCAACGUGGCCAAGUGCGCUGCGCGCAUGGGGCAGUGCUUCUCCUCGCGCUUCACCUCGCUGCCCCUCCCCCGCACGCACGUGCGUGUGCUACCGGACGUCACGCGCCAUGGCUACUGCUUCACGGACGGCAUAGGCGCAAUCUCCCCCGAGGCAGCCAGGGCGCUCGCAGAUGCCAUCGCGCCCUACCUCGACAGGCCUCUAGCGGGCGCGGGAGCGGCGGGUCUGCUGCGUGCGCCGUCGGCGUUUCAGAUCCGGUACGCGGGGGUGAAGGGCAUGGUGGCCGUGUGGCCGCGGUGGGUCAUGCAGCACGUGGAGGCACAGGGGGCUGCUGGUGCGGAGCAGGGCCUUGGUGCAUGGCAGCAGCAGCAGCAGCUGCAGCAGCAGCAGCAGCAGCAGCAGCAGCAGCAGCAGCAGCAGCAGCAGCAGCAGCAGGAGGUGGAUCUGUGGUUUCGAGAGGGGCAGUGUGCGGGCACAUGGUGGGCGCAGGCACAGCAGGGAGGUGGUGAGGCUGGGCGUGGAGCAGCAGCAGGGGCAGCAGGGGUGGUGCACAUGUGGGUGCGGGAGAGCAUGGACAAGUUUGAGUCGCAGCAUGCUGACGUGGACGUGGUCAACUGGACGCGUCCCCAGCCGUGCUUCCUCAACCGCCAGAUCGUCACGCUGCUCUGCACACUGGGCGUCCCCGACCAAGUCUUUCUCCACAUGCAGGACACCAUGGUGGAGCGGUUGGAGGCAGCGGUGGGCAGUGGGGAGGCGGCGCUGCAGCUGCUGGAGGAGAGUGGCGCGGACCACCUGUACGGCACCGCCAUCACCAUGCUGCGCGCUGCCUUCCACCCCGCUCAGGAGCCGCACCUCAAACGCAUCAUCCAAUCCGUGCGGGCGCUACAGCUGCAGGGGCUCAUCUCACGUGCGCGCAUCUUCGUGAAAGACGGCCGCUGGCUCAUGGGCGUUGUGGAUGAGACCGGGCUGCUGCAGUACGGGCAGUGUUUCAUCCAGGUGUGUGACGCCACGGCACCCACGCCUAACACCACCAUGAGGCUGCACAGCACAGGGCGCGGCAUGGGGCCGCCACGCGUGGUCACAGGCCCCGUGGUGUUCGGCAAGAACCCCUGCCUGCACCCGGGCGACCUGCGCGUGCUCUCCGCCGUUGACCUGCCGUGCCUGCACCACCUCAUUGACUGCCUCGUGCUGCCUAAGAACGGCCCGCGCCCGCACGCCAAUGAGGCAUCGGGCAGUGACAUGGACGGGGACGUGUACUUUGUCAUGUGGGACGCAAGAUUGAUGCCACCGGGGGGGCGCAGCAGUGACCCCAUGGACUACCAGCCGGCUAAGAAGGACAGCGAUGCACCAGUCACCAUGGAGGAGGUGCACCGGUUCUUCGUGGACCACAUGUUGAACGACAGCGUGGGCAUCAUCUGCAACGCGCACGUGGUGCACGCCGACCGCAGCCCCCUGGGCGCCUUCAACCCCGACUGCCUCACCCUCGCCCGCCAGGCCGCACUGGCGUUCGACUUCCCCAAGACGGGCGUGCCGGGCGUGAUGCCACGCGAGCUGCGCGUGCAUGAGUACCCUGACUUCAUGGAGAAGGACGACCGCCAGGAGACGUAUGAGUCCAGCAAGGCGCUGGGGCAGCUGUACCGCCGCGUGAAGCGCAUGGUGCUGGGGGAACAGCCGUGCGAUGAAGCACGCGUGAUACCAGGGGUGGAGGAGGACGAUGAGGGGGAGGGCAGGGGCAGUGACGAGGAGGUAGAGGGAGACUUGCAGCACGGGGGGAGUGGAGAGGGUGCAGGGCGCGAGGGCGGUGGCAGGGGGUGGGAGGGCGAGGCGGACGUGAUGGCGGACCGGCGCACGUGGUUGCGAUGGCCCGAGGCAGAUGAGGUGGGGCGCGCAUACCGGGCUGACCUGAGGGCCGAGGGGUUCGAGCAGCAUGUGGAGGAGGCCAGGUGGCUGAAGCUGGAGUACGACCGAUCCAUGCUGCACAUGCUGCACCAGUUUGGAAUCAUGUCGGAGGCGGAGGUGGUGUCGGGCAGUCUGCUGCACGCGGCGCACCGCCAGGGGCGACGGGAGGAGGCGGUGAAGGAGCAGGUGCGCAACAUGUUCCUCUCGCUGCGCCACCGCUACCACCGCCUCCUCCUGUACGGCGUGGACGCUGAGGGCGAUGAUGGCGAGGAGCGCGGGGAGAAGGUGGGCAUGGAGCGUGCAGGGGAGGAGGGGCAGGAGCCGCUUGGUGAUUCCUUCAUGGAUGCCCGCCUCCCUCGGCAGCAGCGCAGGGGGCAGGCCCAGCCCACGGCAUGGCAGGUCAUGGAUGAAUCUGCCUGUCUUGACGUGUCAACCAUUCGAGCCCGCGCCUUUGCAUGGUACCAUGUGUGCUACCAUCCUACGGAGAUAGAGCGUGUGCAGCAGGAGGCACGUAGCUGUGGCCUCGACGUGCCUCCAAUAUUUCUCAGCUUUGCUUGGAUUGGAGUAGAUGCCUUAUGCCAACACUUGAUCACACAUUGA